AUGUAUGAUGUUGACAUAUAUAGAUUUGCGUCAGUAGAAAUUGUCGUACCUCCUGCUGGAAACUGUGGUGAUGAUACUGUUCUUACAUGUGUCGUCGAAGAUGCAUCGAGCAAGUUUACGGGAUGGUUUGGUCUAGGGAGAGAUUUAAUGAACAAUGGGGCAGCAGUCCAUCCGGAGGAUUCUAAAAAAUAUACUCAAGCAGUUAAUGGAUCAUCCUUUUCUUUGAUCAUAAAAGAUACUGACAUACAUGACCAGGGAAAAUACAAAUGCAGAGUUGGAUUUUCAGAGAGUCAACUUAAAAUGUUAAUUAUAGAAUGUAAAGCUAAAUACGUGAAUCUCAUACUGACCAGGGACAGACACCUUAUCGUGAUCUUGAAAAGUGUAUAUCCCAGACCACAAAUAAAGUUAAACAUUUUCGAAGAAGAUGGUACAAAAACAGUGUUAAAGGGAUCAUUUAGAAAGCAAUGUUCCUCUUUACAAGACUGGCUAUUGACUUGCGAGUGGACGUCCAGUAAUGCAGUGCAAGAUGGAAACUAUAGCUACAGUGCUACCGUGACAACUGUAACAACGUCAAUAUACAAUGGAUAUUUCAAAAUAAGUAUUCCAAACACAAUUAGAUUAGACCCAAGUACAGAAUCAUACCACGUAGAAGAGUAUAGCGAGAUUAAUAAUGUAACAUGUACAGUAUAUUGUAAUCCUGAGUGUCAGUAUGUUUGGAGAGAUGGUCAUGGCAACAACAUAAGUACUUCCAGUGUGCUCGCUUUGGGAAAGGUUGACAGAUCAUUACAAGGAGAGUACGUAUGCAAUGCAUGGAACUGGUUUGGAAAAGUCAACGACACAGUAUUUGUGACAGUUCUGUAUGGCCCGGAGUCCAUCGUGUUUACUCCAAGUAGUACAACGUACGUCAAAAAUGAGGGUGAAAUGAUUGAAAACAUUCAAUGUUCUGUAGUAUGUAAUCCAAAUUGUACAGUAGAAUGGUUUCAAGCUGAAAGAAUCGAAGAAACUGUUGUAAGCAACAGUGGCUAUUUGGGAUUUGGGAGCGUAAAAAGACAAGAUGCUGGAGUGUACAAAUGUGUUGCAACGAAUACCGACAUUCAAGGAGAUCCUUCCAUUCAAAAAUCCCUGGAAUUAGAAGUCAGAUAUGGACCCGAUACUGUGAAACUAAGCAGCGGAUCCGACGUUACAUUAAUACUUGGAGAAAUCUCUCAAGAUAUUACAUGCUCGUCGGAAUGCAAUCCACCAUGCUUCUUCACUUGGUCACAUGUUAACAGUACCAUUUUGAGCAAUGACUCCAUUUUGUCUUUGGGUAAGGUCGAAUUUACUGUCCAGGGAGAGUACAGAUGCACUGUUUCUAACGAUGCAACCGGGAAAACUAUAUACACCACUCUCACUGUUGUUGUGGAAAAUCCUGAACAAACACAAGAAGGAACUACUUCUGGUGCUAUAAUUGGUGGUGUUGUAGGAAUGGUAGUUUUAUUAGGACUUAUUGCAACACUUGCAUUCUUGUGUUACAAGAGGAAACAACAUGAAACUUUGAAAACCAAGGACACAGGGAAAAACACAAGUCAAUGCGAUGUUAGUCAACAAGAAAACAGAACGACUGAUACUGCAUAUGUAGACCUUAAAGAACGUGGAGAAAGUAAGAAAGAAGACGUUUAUGAUGAACUUACUGUGUCGGUGACAGAUGUGAGUGCGAGUUACGAAAAUGCUUCCGUACAUGGAUAUUGAUAAUUGACAACUGCAUCUUUUGACCAGGAAAGUGGCAAUUGCAUACAAAUCAAUAAUGUAAUACAAACAUACUACAAAGCAAGUGGUGACUUUGAAAGUCGUGUACAAACUUUAUACAAAUGUAUACUACAUAUAUUUGGUUCUUUUGUCUAAUCUGGAAUUUCUACAUCUAAUUAAGUGAAUUCAUCUGGAACAAAUACUUAUUUCCAUACUCGUAACCUCGCGGCGAUAGAUAAAUCAGUUUUUUCCCCAUUUCUGAAGUGUAGGCACGUUGUAAACCAAAAUAAAGAAGUAAUUUGUCAAGAGAAAAAAAAACGUUUACAAUAUAUGAUUAUAGAUCGACUCUUUAAAAACUUUCAUUUAGUAGAGCUUUUGUUUUCACCCCUUCGUCGACGUUGGUAUCGAUUAACAAAAGUUUUGCAUGAAAGCAGUUUUCUUUACAACUCCUCAGCCAAAUCAUUUCAGACAUCACAUAUAUAUUUAUUUUGCAUAGCAAGAAACAUGACUCUAACUUUGAUUGUGUCAAAACUAUUAAGUUUGCAAUAUGCUUUCAUACUUCUCUUAUGUCUUCGACAAAAUGUAAUGACCUCACAGUUAUGCCCCUUUAAACAAUUUAGUUAAAGUUUUGCCAGUUCUCAAAAACUACUUUGUCUCAUGCUUUCAAGCUUCACACAUAUCAAUUGCAUCUAGAAAUAACUUCAAGUGCCACGUUUCGUAAAAAUACUAGUAGCUUUUAUUUCGUGAAAAUAUGCCCCUUUUACAUUAUAAAUUUAGUAAAAGUUUCUCGGGAACAACUUAACAAAAAUAUUUCAAUUUCUCCAUUCAUCAAGGCUUCAAAAUUGCUUUUAGUUUAAUAACUAUGCUAACACUAUGGUAAAAUUAUGACCUUUCGUAAAUUUUGCUAAAGCUUCUAAAUUGAAACUAGUAUUAAUCGAGAGAGCUGCAAACCAGUAGAACGUACUGCCAUUUAUAGGUUACAUUCUACCAAUUCAAUUCCUUAUUUAUUUCAUAUUAAUAACAAAACAUUCAGACCUCAUUUUCAGCACUUUAGAGCAUUUCAAUAAUAUGAAAACAAUAUAUGGUCAUUUAGUAUAACAUGUCUUCUUAUCAAAAAUAGAAAAAUAUUGACAUGUUAUGUUGUAUAUAAGAAAAAUAAUCUGUUCUGAGAAACAUCACCCUCUAAAAAUGCCCCCAUGAAAACAGCCGUUUAGCAGUUACGCGUAGGUAGACAUUUUUCGCAAAGAAUAAAACUUAUUCCAAGAAAUUUACAAUGAAAAUGGUCUAGAUCUAUUCUCAAUAAUAUAAGCAAUAAACAUAAGCCAAAAAUUUAACUGUCACCUCCUCAUGUCACUCAUUAUACCAGAUUUCAUCCAUAGCAUGGAACUACAUUGUGGACUACUUCACAUGUAACACUGAGUAGUCACUUCCGGUUUGGUGUAAUCCGUCCAUAAGACAGCUUUUAUUGUAUAGAUAUUUGAUGGUAACUUGACACUUCAGUACAUAACAAAACAAAAUAUGGAAGGAUGUUUUACAUUUACCCAAAUCGAGACUAAAUUAUACCUAAUAAAUGAGACUUAGAUGAUCUUUAUUUAAUUUUCGAAUAAG